AUGGUAUUCAAAAAUGAAAUAAUGUCUGUAACUUUUGUUAAACCACCGACUCUUGUUUUGGGUUUUCAGAAAAUUCUUGCAAAAUAUUCUUACAAUUUUAAUUACCCUUUUUCUGCUUUCAGAUUCAAAACUAAAGUGACAUCCGAAAAGAAGCAUGGGAAUGAAGAUAAAGUUAUCGGCUUUAAGCUAGUUUGGACAGCCGUUGCUUUUGAAUUCAACGGUAAAUGUGAACAACAUGUCUGCCGAGAAAGCCACUACUGCCUGAAUACAGCCGCAACUGUGUGUAGUACUAUGCCUCAGUAUUGUGUUCAUAAAUCUUUGGUUUGUGACGGUUUACCCAACUGCAGUGAAGAUGACUACAGCGAUGAAGAGAAAUGUCAUUUACCACUUGUAGCCGGCUGCGGAGGAGGCCUUGUUCUUCUUAUUCUAGGCGUUUGUACUGGGUACUACCUUUACCGUGGCAAGCGCAAAAAAAGGGAAAGGGAAGCUUUGGCCAUGCAGCUGAGACAAUUAGAGCGCAGCCCAAGUUCUGGCAUUAGAAGUCCUCAUUAUUACACUCAAUCAAGCGAUUGCAGCCUCCACGGACAUCUUGCCGACUUAUCCGACGACUUUUUUGAAGCAAAUUACAAAGGCUAUCCAACUGACGUUUAAAAAGUUAUUAAUCCAUAAAGGGACCAACCUAAUUUCAUAAAUUUCAGAGCUUCGGAUCGUAAAGUCUCGUAGGUUAUUAAAGGAAAAGCUGUAAAAUUUAGCUAUCCUUUAAGAUCCGUAACCAGUAUAUGGUUGUAUGUUCCAGGUGUUUUAUACCUGAUACUCCAAAAAAACCGAAGUAUUUAAUUCCUUAAGGCGAUAUUGGAUAGAGAUAUUUUCAAAUCCAUCUCUCUUGAAGAAUUAUUUUGUACCAUGGAAACAUCUCCUCCAAUGCGAUUCAAGUGCACUGCCAACGUUUGCGAGUCUUCUUUGAAGUGUGAUAAGAGACUGCUCAAAAACUGGCCGCUAAUUUGCCAACUACUUUUCUUUACGCGCAACAAAAUGUAUACAUGAUUAAUCAAAAUGAAAAUAAAGAAAUUCUUACCUGCUUAAA